AUGAUGUUUGUCAUCACCGUGUACAUCGUGGUCUGGCAGCUUCUGCGCGGCAACAGCUACUUGAAGUACAGGUCUCCAGUCGUUACGACACGGAUGACGCUGCAACAGCCCACUUUCGGAAGUUGCAACCCCAACGACUCCUCGUGUCGGGACGACUUCCGCAAAGUGUCGGACUUGAAAUACUGCUGCACUGACGGCUGCCAAUACAAGGCAGACAACUCCUCGUGCAGCUGCCCGUGGCGCAACUUCACCAACUACCGGUAUGUUGAUGGAGUCGGCGGCACGCAGACUUAUCCUGACAACAUUGUCAUCAACACUUUCAGGCACGAGUACAUCCAGGAGCGCAAUGCGUCCUGCGGUCAAGAUGGCUGCAGCAAGCUCUGGAUCACCAGUGGCAUAGAGAGCAGGUUCAUGGCAGAUAUCGAGGAUUUCACGGUCCUUGUGGCUCAUGCCCUUCAGAGCGAGGAGCUUGAAAUCAAGAAGACCAGCCGUGAGAUGCCGGGCUGGCUCCUGGUGAACGGGAGCAGUGAGCUCCAGCACCAGCUAUGUCGCAGCACGAACACGUCCAUGACGGAGCCCAUCUAUGGCUCCCGGACGGACAAGGCCCCGUGCUACAUCAAACCGAACUCCACGGCCAAGGACGGCCUGGACUUUUUCAAUGUGCGCACCUUGAUGAUGGCCAUGGGCCUGUCCCUGGAUGGUGAGAGCUAUUCCGGGAGCGGUCAUUCUCUCCGCUACGAGGGCCUGACCGUCACCUUGAAGAUCAAGUACUUCGACACCUGGCCUUGGCACGGGGUCUUGCUGGAUAGCGACCGGAAGCCACUGGUCUCGUACGUGUAUUCACUGUCACCACUGCAGGCGAAUCCGUACAAGGUCAGUGACGUUCUCUACUCGGACUACCCAGCAAAGCGCCGGCGGAGAGACAUGCACGGCAUCUACUUGUGGCUAGGCUUGAAGGCACGAGGUCGGUUUCAUGACGAACCAACCUCGCGUCCCAACACACCCAAGCAGGACCGCUCAGCUCAAAAUCUGGCAAAUUUGUUGCAACCCGAUGCGUUACAUCACGUAUCAACACCCAGUCAUAGAAUUCCAAGUCCCAACCAGGAAAAGGCCAGCUAA